UUAGAUGGCGUAGGCAAAAAAGUUUUGUGAUUAUAGUGUCACCUUACCUUUCAAGGAUAUCUCUUUUUCAAUUGGGGCUCAUUUGUCUGAUUUCACACAAAAUAUCUCCUUCAUACCAAAAUGGCAGACCUCCUAUUAAAUUUUCGGGCAUGGGUCCUUGAGACUUAUUUGUGCAUCCUGCUAUGAUGGAUAUGUCCACCAAAUUUUACGUCAGUCAGCGUGUGCAUGUGUUGUGUGCGUGUGUGUUUUAUUGGGUCUUGUGUGUAUUUUGUGUGAUUUGUGUUCGCAUACACGUGUGUGUGUGUUGUUACUUGUUAAUGUGUGUGUGUUGUGUAUUGUCUGUUGUGUUUAGUUGGUAUAUGUGGUCCUUUUUUUUUUAGUGUGUGUGCACAUGUGUUUGUGCAUGUUGUUUGUACUGGUGUGGUGUUUUUAUUUUGUGUUGUGUGUGUACUGGCGUACGUGUGAUGGUUUGUGUGUUGAUAUUUGUGUAAUGAUAUGUUAGUGUGUGCGUAUGGUGUGUUGUGUUUUAUACUGCGUUUUGUUUUUAGUGUUGUGUGCGUACGUGCGUGAGACAGCAGGUCCUCUGUGGGAGUACGUUACAGCGGCGCAUGAGUCCAAGUGAGCCGGAUGGAUCUGGAGAGCCGUGAUUCACCGCCGACGAGUAGGCGGUCGGCUAGCGAGGGGGACCGAACCUUAAAACGACAGACGAGUGCCGACCCACACCUGUGACACAAGUGGACAUCUUGAUGGGACGCCCGGUCUGGUGAUCUUCACCCAAGACACUCAGCUACCAAUUAAAUAGCCUCAGCGUGGGAUGCAGUAAACGAGGUGUGACAGUCAUGGGGGACUCGUUCUUCAAUUGCUGUUAUCUCCCACCCCAACCCCCAGGCGAGGAGGAGCCCCCCGGCUCCCGAACCCACCACGAGAGCACGAUGGCCUCUCGCAUAUCCCCGGACAAGCGCUUCGUCAUCUUCUUUGACUUUGACGAGACCAUCGUGGACGAGACCAGCGACGACAUGGUGGUGCAGACGGCGCCCAACCAGCAUCUGCCCACCUGGCUGAAGGCCACGUACCAACCGGGCCGCUACAACGAGUAUAUGCAACGGGUCCUGGCCUAUCUGUCCGAGCAGGGCGUCACAGAGAGCGACAUCCGAGGUGUCAUGGAGAAGCUACCGGCCACCCCGGGCAUGCUGGGGUUGCUCCAGUUCCUGCGCAACCGACCACCAAACGACUUCGAGGUGGUCCUGGUGUCGGACGCCAACACCUUCUUCAUCGAGUCCUGGCUGAGACGAGCCGGCGCCCGGUCCCUGUUCCAUCGCAUCUUCUCCAACCCGGCCACCUUCAACAGGGAUGGUCGUCUGGUGCUGAGGCCAUUCCACGCCCACGAGUGCCCACGUUGCCCCGAGAACAUGUGCAAGCAGGCGGUGGUCCGGGACUACGUCACACGUCGGACCCAGGAAAGGGGGCGCCCCUACCAGAGGGUCUUCUACGUGGGCGACGGCGCCAACGACUUCUGCCCGGCUCUCGCCAUGGGGCCCCGGGACGUGGUCUUCCCGCGGAGAGACUUCCCCAUGCACCGCCUCAUCACUGAGACCCACGAGGCUAUGCCGGGGGACUUCAAAGCGGUUACGGUGCCCUGGACCUCCGCCGAGGAGGUGGUCCAACGCCUCAGGAAGCUGGUGGCCGAGUAAGGGGGGGGUCGGGUCGGCUUGUUAACCCGGAUGGGCAUCGUAAUCGAUUAAUUCAUCGUUAACAAUUUAGCCAAGCAUGUGGAAUUGAUUGUUGGAGUGCACUACUUGGGUGCAAUCAUAAGAGGUGCUAUUGAGUCAGUUGCAACUCGUUUGCCUUCCAAAGAAGAAGAAGAACGUGAUGCCGGCUAUUUCAAGUUGAAAACAUGAUACAUCGAUAAUUGUCCAAAUUAAUCCAUCAAACAAAUUUACCUGAAUGCCCAUCCCUAAUAAAUAGAAAUGUACUUGUCAAUAUUGAAAAACUGAGGAGAAAAAAAUAAAAAUUAAGAAACUAGCAUUAACAAUCUAAUUUUCGACAAACUGCCCCACAUAAGGUUGGACUCGAAUGCCCAGCCCUAAUAAAUAUACAUACAGUAAGUACUUAUGCAAAGUGCAUUUCAGUGCACAUUACUGGAAAACUGUAUAAAAAGGAAAAACUACCAUUAAAAAAAAAAUAAAUGUAGAAAUUACAUUUAGCAUUUAAUAUUCAUGAAUUAUUAUUAUUUUUUUUUUUAAACCAAUUGCAUAAGGAAGUACUUGAAUGCCCUUCCCUACUAAAUGUACAUACAGUAAGUAGUUGUGCAAAGUGCAUUUCAGAAGACAUUAUUGGAAAACUGGAGUGAAAUUAUUUAAACAAUAAAAAUAAUUAAGCAGCAAUAAAAAUCUAAAUAAAAUGUAAUCUAAUAUUUAUAAAUUAUUUUGCACCACAUAAUGAUGGAAUUGAAUGCCCACCCCUAUUAAAAAGAUUUAAGUACUUGUGCCAAGUGUAUUUUACAGUGCAUUAUUGGAAAAUUGAGGAGAAAACAAUGAAUAAAAUAUUUAAAAUGUAAAUAAACGAACACUUUUACGUCUGCAAUGAGCACAACUACAUCUGUAAUGGUGAAAUAAAAUACAGCACAUAAAAAAUCAAGACGUUUAAUAUUUAUAAAUGAUGUGUCACCAUUUGACAUAUUAGAAAUGAAGACCUGUAGUAUUUGUAUGUUAAUCAUUUGGCCCACCGUUGGGUUGCGAUCCACAGUGGCAGAAACAACAUUGAAGGCAAUAAUAUCAUUGUGUUGGCUCAUAAAAGUCAUUUCUGUGUGUUUAGCAAGCAUGUUCCUCUUUAUUUGGCCUUAAUGGGACGGGGGGCAUAUAAGACCUUCCACUCCAUAAUAAAGCUAAUGCUCUUCAAAUCAUGUUAUCUGAUAGCAAUACCUGUUCAAUGUUUGUCAUGUGUCUUUUCUGCACUUUUCCAUUCAUGUUCUAUUCUAAUCUGAGUUAAAGUACUCAUCCUGUGGUGAAGGAUGUCUACACUGUCACAGUAUUAUUUUACCAAGGUGCUUCUUUCAAAAUAUUUUAUAAAUGUACUGUAUAUGCGUCUUAAGUCUUUUGUGUCAUUUACUCUGUAGGCCAAGGCCUACUGGAGGAAUUUGUUACCAAUAGCAAAACGGGAAUAAAGCCAUCAACUGAA